UUGUUACGUGUAAAUAUAUACAUACUCUCAAGAGAGUAAAGUACGCUCAGUUAAAGCGUAAAAUUCAAGAAAGUAGCGCAUGCGAGUAUUUUUUAGUUUCCAACAGUUUUUAGAUGACUGUGCAUAAGGAAGUAACCAUACAUUCCUUUGAAUUAAUCAAGAGUUCAUUCAGAACGCCUGGGUGAUAAAAAAAAGUGUGUUAAUGUGAUAUAUUUAAUUGCAAUGAAGAAUAGUGCCCACGUGCAACGAAGACGACGAAGACGUUGACGAACAAUAUAAAUCCUUAUCAUGGCACCAACAAAACGUAGACCUUUGCAUGCAAAUUUGGGGAUUGGUGCAACUGGAGGUAGCUUUAGAUCAAGAAAUAUGAAUUUCCGACCAGCUGCUAGGGUUCAAGAAGAUCGAGGUGGCACAAAACCUACGACAACACCAAGCUCAAUUGGUUUGGUAUUAGUGACUAUGCUACUCCAUUUAUGUAGAAAGUCUUUACUCUUCAACAUAAGGCUCAAAGUUGCUAUAUAUAUAAUAUCAAUUUUCACUAUUUCUUUAAUAGCAGAUUUUAUGCCGAUACCAAAAACAUAUUUUGCACGAUCUGACAAUGUUUUUAAUCGUUAUUUUGUGAAAUGGGGUUGGGGAUGGCUGCUAACUGUGACAAUUCCCUGGGUAGCUUUAACAGCACAUACUAUAGGAUGCGGUCGUCGAUCUAUUCUUGUAAAACAUCUACUCAGGCUAGUUAUAGCAACAUUUGCCUGGUUUGUAUGGGUUAAAACCUUCAACUUUAUAGAAACUCACCAUGGAAGAUGUUUAAAUACUAGAGAUCCAGAGUUACAGACUAAAGUGAAAUGUUUACAAGCAGGCAAAUUUUGGAAUGGACUUGAUAUUUCCGGUCACACAUUUAUUUUAGUUUAUUCAAACUUGAUUUUAGCUGAAGAAGGUUCUUCUCUUAUUGGUUGGGAAGGAAUCAAAGACUGGAUCAUGAGAGAAGAACACUCUAGAUCAUUAUCAGAAGUUGAUGCUAAUCCAUUGAGAAACUUAUCCAAUGAUGAUUUAGAAAUUCUUAAGAAAGCUCACAAAAUACUUACUCCAUACUUGAGAGGAUUGUUUGUUGUUAUGACACUUCAGCAAAUGCUUUGGGAUGUGAUGUUAGCAUCUACAUUACUCUAUUAUCACAUUAUGGUUGAGAAGUUUAUUGGAGGAAUAAUAGCUAUUUUAACUUGGUAUGUGACUUAUCGUUGGUGGUAUAAAAUGUCAUUAGCAGGAAUAAUGGCACCUGGUGAAGGAUUGUUUAAAUACAAUGAAAUGAAAGAACAGCAAAAUAUUAAUGCAGCAAGAACUCGAAGAAAUACCUUGAAUGGAUCUACUCCAAAAUUCAUGGGAAUGCCAAUACGAACGCAACAACCUGAUGUUGAUGAAUCUAAAAAUUCAAAACCAGACACACAAGUGUCUACAUAACAAAUAUUAUAAAAUGAACACGAAUUUUUGAAUGGUGUUGGAUACUAAUUAAUUUUACGUAAUUAAAUUUCCUAUAUUCUUUUUAUACAGUGAUUUAUCAUUGUUAUUAUCAUUAUAACAAAUGAUUAUAACCAUAAAUAUCUUGAACGGAAUGUUUGCCUGACCACGACAAUUCUUUGCUCACUCUCCUACUUUCAUGAUUAAAUGUAAAAUCAUUUUUGCUACAAUUAUUACAUAUUUGUAUUUUAUAACAAAAUCAAAUAGAGAGAAUGAAAUUAUAUAUUCAUUAACUACGUUUGUAUAAUUUUAAAGAGAG